GACAUUUUCUUCUUCGAACUCCGCACUGUCCCUUUUACCUUUUCUACAUCUAGAAAGAAGGUGGAGCUGGUAUUCUCAGACCACAGUAUUAGCCUCAACCAUAUUCCUGUUUUGUCUUUAAUCUCACACCGCGAACACUAUCUAUUAUAAAUUUCACCUUCUUUUUCUCACCUGUUUACAGCAACAGCAAAAAUUCAUCUUACUUCAUCAUGCACAAGAGCGCUUCAGGAUCCACGUUGGGCCCGGGGGGCCUCGACCUAACUCAGGCCUUCUUCAAGCCCAUCGCCAAUGCUGCCCCUCCCUCUACCACCAAGCAACACACCAAGAUCUCCGUCAUCGGCGUUGGUAACGUCGGAAUGGCCAUCGCUCAGACCAUCCUCACCCAGGACCUCACCGACGAGCUCGUCCUCGUCGAUACCAACGCCGACAAGCUCCGCGGCGAGAUGCUCGACCUCCAGCACGCCGCCGCCUUCCUCCCCCGCACCAAGAUCCACUCCUCCACUGACUCUUCCGUCACUGCCGGCUCCGAUCUCUGCAUCGUCACCGCCGGCGCCCGCCAAAUCCCCGGUGAGUCCCGCCUCAACCUGCUCCACCGGAACCUUUCCCUCUUCCGCGCCAUCAUACCCCCGCUUGUUCGUCACUCCCCCGACACCACUCUCCUCAUCGUUUCCAACCCUGUCGACAUCCUCACCUACGUCGCCUGGAAGCUUUCGGGUUUCCCCUCCAACCGGGUCAUUGGGUCGGGCACCAAUUUGGACUCCUCUCGCUUCCGUUUCCUCAUCGCCGAUCACCUCGACGUCAACGCCCAGGACGUACAGGCUUAUAUUGUAGGAGAGCAUGGAGAUAGUUCGGUGGCAUUAUGGUCUAGCAUUAGCGUUGGGGGUGUUCCAGUGCUGAGUUUUUUGGACAAGCAGCAGAUUCCGUACGAGAAAGAGACACUGGAGAAUAUACAUAAGUCAGUGGUAGAUAGUGCGUAUGAAGUGAUCAGCUUGAAAGGGUACACGUCCUGGGCAAUAGGGUACUCAGUGGCUAACUUGGCCCGCUCCAUUCUGAGGGACCAAAGAAAGAUCCAUCCUGUGUCUGUUCUUGCUAAGGGGUUUUACGGCAUCGAUGGUGAAGUGUUCUUGAGUUUGCCAGCACAGCUUGGUAGAGGAGGCAUACUGGGUGUCACCAAUGUCCACUUGAACCUAGAGGAGACGCAGAGGCUUGUAGAUUCAGCCAAGACCAUCCUCGAAGUGCAGACUCAAUUGGGUAUUUAAAUUUUUUCUGUGAUGGUCACGUCGAUGGUUCGAUGGUUACUGCAUUUUAUCCUUUUAUUAUCUUCAGCUCUUCCCACAAUCAUGAUGUGCUUUGGCCUAAAUUAUUACUUGCUACUGUUAGGGGUACUCCUUGCCCCUUUCUUGCAGAGCAAGUGUUUUUGUUGCGUCAAUUGCUGACCGGAUCAUGUGAUAUCUGUUUCACUCUUUCUUUUCUCUUACACGCUUUUGAUCAUAAUCAAUCAGCCAAGUAAAAUUUCCUCUUGCAAA